AUGGUAGCUAGUCAAAUCCAGCUGAGAGAGGAUAUGAACCUCAUGGUUCAACAAUUCCAGAAUAUGAAGAAUGACCAAGAAGGAGAAAAGACUAACCAAAUUUCCUUUAUAGUAGAACAUGAAAAGAGAAUUAAUGAGAAGAUGAACAAGAUGGAAGAAAUUAUCAAGAGGUCAAGAAGGUUGGACGAUCUCAUAGACUAUCGAUCACUUUCUCUCUUCCCGAAUGUAAGGCUACCCCCGAAGUUCAAGAUGCCAAUCUUGGACAAGUUCGAUGGCACUGGAUGCCCUAAAUCCCACCUGAAGAUGUACACGAGGGCCAUGCAGCCCUUAGGAGCUACUGAAGAGAUGUUGGCCCAGAUGUUCCAAAAUACUUUAACAAGAGCUGCCCUUAGAUGGUUCCUUAAUGUAGAAGACACCAGAACUCAUAAUUGGGAGGACAUAUGCAAGGAGUUCCACAAUCAAUACAAGUGCAACAUAGAGGUGGACAUAACAACAAGAAACCUUGAAACUACAAAGCAAGGCCCCAAAGAAUCCUUUUCUUCUUUCAUAACCAAAUGGAGAGCCAAGGCAGUCCAAAUGAUCAUGAGACCUAGUGAAGAAGAUCAAAUCCAAAUGGUGGUGAAGAAUUUGUUACCCAUAUUCCACAAGCAUCUUUUUUCCCAAUACUUUCCCAACUUUAAAGCCUUCGCCAUAGCUGGUACUCAAGUAGAAGAUGCUAUUAAUAACGGCAUGUUGAAGAAGGAAGAACGCUCCAUUUUUUAG